GAAGCUUGUAGCAGGCUCCCUGCAUAUCCAUCAAUUAUUAUAUACCUACUCACUCACUCACUCACUUACUCAUUCACACCCUCCCAAUCACCAACCACAAAGACAACAAACCUCCAACAACCCAUUCACAACACGAGUAAACAUCACACAGAAAAAUGGAACAACCACCCAUCCUCCAAUUCUUUGGCCUCAUACCCACCGGCCACGCCCCAAUCCUGACACCCACCAGCGCACCAUCGCAAACAUCUCUGGUAUAUACAAUCCCCCUCGAUUCCUCACGGCCCUUCUCGCAUAUCGUGGUUUUCUUGUUACCUGGUGAGUGUACUCUUCCUCUCCAGUUCCCCUUACAUCCACCCAUCUUAGCCCUCUCCAUCCCAAGUCACAAGGAAAGAAUACAAACCACCACAGUCCAAAAAGCUAACACGCAUGCGAAAACCCAGGAAUUGAGCUGCCACCCGACACCGCAGCAGCAGUCUACAUCUCGCUCCCCCAAUGCCUCCCGCAAGCCCAAGCGCAACCACCAUUUAAAUUCCUCGGCGGCAUCGGUCCCGGAAAAGAAAGCGCCAUAUUCAAGAUCUCUCCCUCCCUCCUCUCACCCCCCUCAUCUUCCUUCACACCCUCCCCCACACCGCCAACCCUCACAAUCGGUAUCUCCAUCGAGCCCGCCAGUACAGUCGCAUCCCAAAUCGCCUCCUUACAAUCACAAAACGCAGGAGAUGGGAAGGGCGGGGAAACAAACGCAUUAGUGCUCGCAAACAAGAAACCUGAUACGUUAAUGCUAGCGCAGAGGAUCAUCAAGAACGCCUUUAAUUUCCUGGCGAGUUUUAGUGGGAAUUUGGAGGGGGGUGUGGAGGUGGUGCCGUUGAAGGCUUUUGAGGAGUGGUGGAGGAAGUUUGAGGGGAGGGUUAGGAGUGAUCCGGGGUUUUUGGAACGUGCGGGGGAUUGAUUAAGAGAGUUGAAGGUGGUGGUUGGAUUGUUGGGGGGAUGGGAUGGGCGUGUGGUGGUAAUGGGAGGUUUGGAUGUAUGAAUUGGCUGGGGAUGGAGUUGGGAUUACCUGGGGUUGAUACCAAAUAAGAGGUCUGAUUCACUAGACCGCGUUGGAAAUAUUGUUUUUUAAUUUGAUUUUAGGACUUCUACUAAGUUAUUCAUUCGAAGUUAUUUUAAUUAGAAUAUUUGAACCUGAAUAAGACGUUCUAUAUACUACAGUAUCGAGCCUGGGCGGGCUA